CCCCUCCAAGAUGGUGAUGUUUCCAUGUCGAUGGAUGGUAGCAUUGCGAUGCAUAGAGAAGAUAAAGUUCCAGGGGAUACUCGCCCAGUGUCGUCCGCAACAGCGUGUUUUCGAGUGAAUCCUUUGUACUCUGGGAUGGGAAGUAAUGGAAGAAAAUGUUCAACAGUGAAGAUAGAAAGCCCACCAAAUAAAAUGUCUGAAACCAAUAAGAUCGGUUGUGGUUUAAUCAGCCAGUCAUGUAUAACAAAAAAUGUUACUGAAUCCAAGGAAGAUAUUAUGAAAAAUGCCUCCUUUUCUCAAACUUUAGAAGUUGGUAGUAGUGGCAUCUCACAGGAUGCCAUGACCUGCUCCAAAGAGGCAAGCCCUGUCUUCCAUAUGAGGCCUCUCCAUAUGUCAACUGGUGGCGCUGAUCCAUGCGAUUCUGCGGUUGAUGGUCUGAAAGCAGAGCCAUCGGAAUGCUCCGUGGAUUCACCAUGUUGGAGAGGAACUUCACUUUCUCAUCUGGCUUCAGUGUUUGAUGUUCUUCAAACAUCAAACCCCCAGUUAAUAAAUCAAGAAUCAGGAGCUUUUGGUGCGGGACAGAAGAAGAGCACUAGUGCUGUUCAGCAUUCUGAGGUUCUGAUCGCAUCUCAAAAUUUGGAUACUAUUGAAAAUAAGCAAAACCAAUCCCAAUCCCAUGUUGAAUUGUCUGUAUCUAUGAAGUCUGGAGACAUUGGUACAAGCCAGACAAAAAAUUCCCACAAGGAGCUUGAGAGUGCAAAACAGUGUGCAGCAAAAUGCACCACAGAGCAGAAGCACAGUUUGGAAGUGAGGGAUAAUAGCGUGAAGCGAUCUGGUCUAAACUUUGCUGCUCCUGAUUUUGUCCCCGCAUCAGUUGGGAAAUUGAGCAAUAUCAAAGAGUCCGCUUCCCCAACAGGAAGGAAGAUGUCUGGAAUUCUCAAGACGAUGGAGAAUUUGUCGGAAGCGCUUCGGGAUAGCUGUUCUUUGGAUAAAAUUGGGCUAGAUGAGCAUGAGCACACCCUCCUCCAAUCAAUAAUUGAGAAUCUUCAGACUUGUCUUGAUCAGACAAUAAAGGGUCCCAUUAGGGAUGGUGCCUCUAACAAGCCAGGACUACGGGCUCCUCAUUCUCAGUCUACCAUUUUAAAAUCUGAUGCAGGGAACUACAAAGGUAGUUGCACAGCAAGUGGUGGAAAGGGCAUAACUGUAAAUAAACCCAUGGGUCCAAGUCAUGUGCCGAACAAUUUUGGAAACAACAGCUUGACAUGGUCCCAGCCCUCAUGCAACAAUAUUCCAAGGAUGACAUCUUGUGAAGAACAUUCACAGAUUCUCGUCUACAAGAAUCUGUGGAUUGACGCCGAGCGUGCAAAUUGCAAGUUGAAGUAUCUACUGAAAAACAACCUAAUGAAGAUUGGCCCAGAAUCCAGUAUGGCUCAUGUCGGCGGCCCAAGAAAUCCAUCUAUCCAGGCAUGUGAUUUUGAGAGUGCAGGUCCAAGUAGUUCUUACGGAGGUGCCAUAUCUUACUCACCAACUCUCAGUUUUCGGAAGGACGAUCCUACUGAAGAGACAUCAAAAGCGAUGAGCACUGGCUUCCUUUACACCAGUGACCGCAUCCGGUUAGGAGACAACAAUGUGCCCAGCUGUUCUGAAAGCAUCAACAGCCAUCCUAUUCGACCAAAGAAUUUUCAGGCAGACAUUUGAACAGGCUUGGAAGAUACUGGUUUACAUCAUCAUGCUCAGCCACUACUGCCAAUUGCGCCAAGCAGAGUCCACAGGGAAUUGAAAAGAAGCAGUAUAACUAUGGAUGAAAGGUCAGCCGGCUCAUGCUUCACCGGAGUGGACGGCAUUUUGCAUGGUAACUCUGAAUACGGCUUGUCGUCAGAUUGGGAGCAUGUUCAGAAGGAAGAAAUCGGCUGGAGCUGAAGGGAUCUGCAGGCCAGAGUUUUACCUAAUUUGUACAUAUAUGCCUGGGUAAUUAGGGAUGCAGGAAUUCUGCUCAUCGGUUUACUUUUUGAGUUUUUGUCUGAUAUAAGGCUGAGGAAAACCAUGCAUUGCUUGGCAAAAUGGUGCUUUCCAUUAAUUGUACCACUUUUAUUGCAA